AUGAAGUCUCCACUAGCAUCCUUGUCCUUGGGGGCUCUGUUUACCUUGCCAUCGGCCUUCGCUGGACUGAAUAAUGUUGGAGAGCAAGAGCCUCUAAGACCCCCCAUCGACCCGCUCAAGUACAAGGCAGCAUGUCCCGACUACAAGAACUAUGCGAUGCGACCACACCCACCGUAUAGCGCAGGUCCCAUGGAACUACCCUUCCAACGGCCAUCCAAGUACUGCCGAACCUUCGAAUCGCCUCUCGUCGAGAAGGUCAUCGAUGACAUGAAUGAAAAGAUAGUCGACAAGGACCUUGCUCGUCUGUUCGAAAAUGCCUUCCCCAACACAUUGGACACAACGGUACGCUGGCACGUUGACGGGACUGUUAAGCACAAGUCCUCGAGACGAAGCUGGGACCCAGCAGCGUGGAAGGGUGCGCAAAGCUUCAUUGUCACAGGAGAUAUCAACGCCGAGUGGUUGCGCGACUCUACAAACCAACUAGCGCAGUAUCAGCUGCUGGCCAAGAAAGACAAGGACAUACACCAGCUCAUUUUGGGAGCCAUCAAUACACAGGCAGAGUACGUCAUUGGCUCACCCUACUGCAAUGCCUUCCAGCCCCCUCCGCCGAGUGGGCUGAAACCGACCUUCCAAGGCGAUGGCGACAACGUACAUCCAAACUACGAACAGUCGUUCGUCUUCGAAUGCAAGUACGAACUCGAUUCGCUUGCGCAUUUCCUCUCCUUGUCCAAUCAAUUCCACAACCACACCGACUCCACAGAAUUCAUCAACGGCCGCUGGCUGCUCGCUCUUGACACUUUGCUCAACGUGCUCCAGCAGCAGUCGAAGCCUACCUUCAACGAGGAGACAGGCGCAUACCAAGGCAACGAAUAUACAUGGCAGCGCCAAACCAACAUCGGUACCGAAACACUCAGCUUAAGCGGUCUCGGCAACCCACUCAAUGGCGGUACAGGGCUCGUCCGCUCUGCUUUUCGUCCCAGCGACGAUGCCACAAUCCUUGGCUUCUUCAUUCCCGCCAAUGCCAUGAUCGCCGUGGAACUACUGCGCACAGCUGCCAUUCUCAAGAAAGCAGGAAAGAAACACAUUGCAGCAGAAGUGCAGACUUGGGGCGAGAGAAUCCAGAAAGGUGUAUGGGAACACGGCGUCGUGACGCACAAGAAGUAUGGCGAGGUUUUUGCCUUUGAAGUCGACGGCUACGGGUCUUCCAUCUUGAUGGACGAUGCCAACCUGCCCUCUCUACUCGCUCUACCUCUCCUCGGCUUCACGGAUGCAGACAAUAAAAUCUACAAAAACACCCGUAAGAUGAUACUCGAAAAGAACGGCAACCCAUAUUACCUCACCGGUUCCGACUUUGCGGGUAUUGGCGGCCCUCACGUUGGUGUACGAAAUGCUUGGCCUAUGGCUGUCCUUGUGCAAGCCAUGACCUCAGACGAUGACGAAGAGAUCAUGACAUGCCUUGCUGCGGUCAAGAAUGUGAGUAGCUUGGGUCUGGUGCAUGAGAGUGUAAAUGUGCAGUCUGGGAAGUCGUAUACACGCAGUUGGUUUGCAUGGGCGAAUUCGGUCUUUGCGCAGACCGUGUUGGAUUUGGCGCAAAGGAAGCCACAUUUGCUCUUUGGUAAAGGGGUGGAGGCGUACACUGUUGGUUAA